CACAAACCAAUCACGGGCAGCCCACUUCCCUCCCCCUUUCCCCAGCCAGCUCAGCGACCCCUUGACGGAAAUUAUUGCUUGACAGAAGCUGCGGACAGGAAGGUACGAAGAAAUUCCCUUUCAACACCACACCCGACCGCAUCCACCCGCGCUCAAUUCGCUGCCACCGGACCCCGUCGUCCCCGAGUUCCAUCUAGACCUCGCCUCUCCACGUCGCGACGAGCGAAUCUCGAUUACUUUUUGGAAUAGGACCCCAAAUUAUCCCAAAACCAACCGAAAAAAUGGCGUCGAUGCCCGCUGCGACCAUCUACCCCCAAAGCCAUGUCGGUUUCGACAGCAUUACAUCCCAGAUUGAGCGCAAGCUGCUCAAGCGCGGAUUCCAGUUCAACGUUAUCUGCGUUGGGCAAACGGGUCUGGGGAAGUCGACACUGAUCAACACCAUCUUCGCGUCGCACCUCAUCGAGUCCAAAGGCCGCCUCAACCCCGAUGAGGUGAUCCGGUCGACCACGGAGAUCCAGUCUGUUUCGCAUAUCAUCGAGGAGAACGGCGUCCGUCUGCGGCUGAACAUCGUCGACACCCCCGGCUACGGCGAUCUGAUCAACAACGACCGCUGCUGGGACCCCAUCGUCAAGUACAUCAAGGACCAACACUCCGCGUAUCUCCGGAAGGAGCUUACGGCGCAGCGUGAGCGGUACAUCCAGGACACGCGCAUCCACUGCUGCCUGUUCUUCAUCCAGCCGUCGGGCCACUCGCUCAAGCCGAUUGACAUUGUCGUACUGAAGAAGCUGUCCGAUGUCGUCAACGUUGUUCCCGUCAUCGCCAAGGCCGACACCCUUACCCUGGAGGAACGCCAGGCGUUCAAGGAGCGCAUCAAGGAGGAGUUUGCGUUCCACAACCUGAAGAUGUACCCCUACGACAACGACGAGUUUGACGACGAGGAGCGCGCCGUCAACAACCAGAUCGAGGGCCUGAUCCCCUUCGCCGUCGUCGGCUCCGAGAAGUCCAUCAUUGUCAAUGGCAAGCAGGUCCGGGGCCGCCAGAACCGGUGGGGCGUUAUCAACGUCGAGGAUGAGAACCACUGCGAAUUCGUCUAUCUCCGCAACUUCCUCCUCCGCACGCACCUCCAAGACCUCAUCGAGACGACUUCUCAGAUCCACUACGAGACGUUCCGCGCCAAGCAGCUCCUCGCACUCAAGGAGAGCAGCGCACAGGGCCACGGCAGCAGGCCCAUCAGCCCGUCGGCGGAGCGCGAGCUGAGCCGCAGCUCGCAACGGAUGACCAUGAACGGCUACUAAGGCCCGGACUUUCUUCUUGCCUCUUGCCUCUUGGUCUGAACGAUCCCGAAAUUUUGAUAUCCCGGCAGAAGCGGUGCCAAAACCCCCCGCAACCGGAGACGGCGUCCGGGGCAGGGUUGUGGGGAGGAACAGCGCGGCGCAAUUCGAUGCGGUUUACAGGUCAUACCCCUCUGGCCUAUGGUGUUUACGUCUUGUUGGCAAUCGUAUUCGGUGGUUGGACUUCAUUAUCCCCCUAUUUUCUUUUUAGUAUCCGAAGCUCCUUCGCAUAUUUUGCUGCCUCUUUUCUUUUUCACUAAUCACCCCGGCCCUCCAUGCUUAAUAGAGAGCUAGCUAGUUUCGAUACCUGACGGAAUACCUAUUAUGUGAGCAGAAGGGGGAUCGACUGUGUCAAUGCGAUGCGGAAGCGGCAGCUAUUGGCUAACCAUGUGCCCCCGUGCAAACUUGAUCCGCUCGUGCAACCCAUGGUGCCACGGUGGUUUCUCAUUCACUCU